UUUGGGACUAGGGUUUGUAGUGAGGAGGGAGGCGUAGCCGCAGCAGAAGAGAAGAAGCUCGUGAAUUAAGCAAUGGCGAGGAUCAAGGUUUACGAGCUGAGGCAGAAGACCAAGGCUGAUUUGUUGAACCAGCUCAAGGAUCUAAAGGCCGAACUUGCCUUGCUACGCGUUGCUAAGGUCACCGGCGGUGCACCCAACAAGCUCUCCAAGAUAAAGGUGGUGAGGUUGAACAUUGCCCAGGUUUUGACGGUGAUUUCUCAGAAGCAGAAGGCGGCGUUGAGGGAAGCUUACAAGACCAAGAAGUAUUUGCCACUUGAUCUGCGCCCUAAGAAGACCAGGGCUAUUCGCAGAAGGCUUACCAAGCAUCAGGCAUCAUUGAAGACUGAGCGGGAGAAGAAAAGAGAGACAUAUUUCCCAAUGAGGAAAUAUGCUCUGAAGGUGUAGGAGUUUAGAGCAAUCUUAUCUAUUUAUUGGACAUCUAAAUACCUCGUAGUUGACAAGUUUUGAUAUGUCUCAACUUGUAGUCCCGUGUUGGUGUUAUUGUGUGUUAAAUUUCAUGUCUCAGACUUGGGGUUUCUCUCUUUAAGCUGCUAGGAUUUGUGCGGAUUGUUAAAUCUAAAAGUGGAAUUUUGUUCUAAGUUGAUGAAUGCAUUAAAUUUUUGCC